GGCUUUAAUGCUCUCUGAGGAGAUGGAACGGUUGGUUCCAAGGAUCCUAGCUCAACUCUAUACUGGAUCAACUACCCUUGGAAGAAUUAGAGAGAAUAGUAACUAUCUUCUACAGUUUGGAAUGCUUCUAGAUAUCGCAAUGCAGUUUGAUGAUUUAAAACUGGCGUCUCCUGGACUACAAAAUGACAUCAGUUAUGUGAAAAGACAGCUGGUUUUCAGAGAGAAUUUCAAGGAGAGUUUUCUAAAUCUAAACCUGGAAAAUCUGGCAGCCUUCUAUAUCAAACCAG